UUUUAUUUUCAUUGCUUAUAGACUGUUUUUUUUUUAUAAGAAACCAAACUUUUCAUUGAGAAGAAUGAAAACAAAACAGAAAUACAAGGGCAUACAAAAAAUACAGUCCCGAAAAAGGAAGGCAGCCUAGAGAAAGGGCUUCCAAUCCAAAAGAAUAUGACCUAACUGAUAAUUACAGAAUAAAUUUGAAACGGACCCCAUAAAGAGACAUUAAACCUUACGAGGUCCCAAACAAACUCCCACUCUCUUUCCACCCCCUAAAGAUUCUAUUGUUUCUUUCCCCCACAUACCCCACAAAAUCCCAAAGAACCCCGCCCGCCGAAGGAAACUCCCUUUCUCGCAAAAGGGAGAGUAGAGCAACACUUCCUCCACCAUCGACACCCACUCUCUAUGACGAGCCCAAGAAAUUUCAAAUAUCUCAAAGAAAUUGCUUAUAGAAUGUUUUGAGAAUGAGUUGAAUGUGAGAUAAUCACAUUUGGAAAGUUGAUUGUGGAGAGAUUCUGUAAUAAUUACUUAGCAAUUUUGUUUGAUUCCCUUUAAAUGAGUAGACAAUUAACAGAAUACAUGAUUUGUACCUCUGGCAUUUUCUAUUCUUUCUGCCAUUUCCAAAAUAUCAUUUAAUAAGUUUUCCAUAAACAGGACUACAAUUCCCAAACUCAUUUCACAUCAAAAACAGAACUUUUCUUCUCUCGAGUAUAAAAGGAAAAGUUCCAAGAAUAAAUUACUUUGGCAAUUUUCUUUGAUUUGAAAUCGCCCUUUCAAAGGAAUACAAUAAACAAAAUACCCGAUUUGUAACCGUUGCAUUUUUUGCAACUUCUGCCAUUUCAAAAAACCAUUCUAAAAAAUUUUCUUAUAAAUAGGACUACACUACACCCUCUAAACUCACAUCACAUCAAACCAAAAUCUCAACUCCUCUGAGUAGAAACAGGUUGAAAAUGGCAGUCUCCAUGAAGCUUUUCUGUGUGCUUGUUCUCUUCUCUCUCCUCUACAAAGGUAAUUGCCAAUGCUCUGUGGGUAACAUAAAAGUGAGCCAAAGCCCGACAGGAUCCCAAGUGCUGGGAAAGACACAAUGGAGAGUUACAAUCUCAAACAACUGUGGUUGUUCACAGCUAAGCAUAUUGUUGGAUUGCGUUGGAUAUCAGACAGUGGAGAAUGUUGAUCCAGCAAUACUGAACAGUGCUGCCAAUGUUUGUCUGUUUAACAGUGGAAGGCCACUCCUCAAAUCAGCCCCCAUUUCCUUCACUUAUGCUUGGGAUAAUCCCUACCCUUUCACCCCCCUCUCCUCCACAACUUACUGUGGUUAAUUUUACUAUUUACCUAUUUACUACUUCCAUCUCUAUCUAUUUCUUCACAAUCACAACACAGUUUAAUUACUAAUUUCUACUGCUUUUU